UAUGAAGUGAUUACUCGUUAAUUUAUAAGAUUUAGUCUUAAGAAGAAAAAAAACGUUUAAUUUCAAAAUGUGCGAUUAAUUAGUUAUUUUUUUUUAAUCUAUUGACAGCCCUAAUAAUAAUACAUGAUGUAUUAUUAAAAUGAACACUAGGAUAAGAUACAUUGGAAUGAAUGUGGAUCACUUCUACAGAGAAACCCCCUCAAAAUGCCUGCAAUGAAGAAGAAUUUGGUCUGUCAUUUGAAAUGUUUAUUUGACAGUGAAAUGACUGGACCCAUUUCUUGAUCAAUAAAUCUGUAUUUGUAUCUGAAUUGUUUUUUUUUUUUUAUGGUUCUGCACUGAAAGAAUCACUAUGACUACUAAUCACUAUUGACCACACGUUUGGCAGUUUUGUACAUAAUACCACUGUCCACUUUGCUUACCUUUUGUAAUUGCGUCAUUUGUCUAUUAUUAUUUUACACGUAUUUGCCAUAAAUGCGCUUAUGUAUGAGAUGUGAAAUACACGUGCCUUGCCAUGUCAUAUUACGUUUAGCACAAGAACAGGGCCCACUACACAAAACCAAUCGCUGAAGCGCGUGUCUGAUAGGCUACAGAAAUGGAACACACCCCUGUGAAGUCAGCUUCUUCCACUUCUGUGAUUCGACAAAGGUGUUUCAUGCGUUGGUUGUGAAAAUAAAGCGGAUCUGACUUUCACUUCUCAGGGGAGACUUUUGACGACACUGCUUACGGGCUCUAUUGCCCUUCAACGGAAUAGCCGCACUGGGAGAUUGCGUUUUGCUUACCAAUGACAAUCCCUUGAGCAGACACAUCUACCAGCCUAGUUAUGCUUAACGUCUUCAUGAUAGGAUGCUUGGUCUCAUCAGCAUACGGCGCAGAUGUGGUGCUGUCCUGUUUCCUUGUAGAGGAGGGAGGUGGAAUGAUGGGGGGUAUGGGUGGAGGAGGGCUCUUCACCCGGACGCCGGCGAUGCUGGUCCUCAGGGAUCUGCCGACCGCCUCCGACUCCGACUCUCUGGACUCCGUGACCCCAUUUAACCCCCCGGAGAAACCCAGCGCAGAUGAACUCAUCUUUGAAGUGAAAGGCUCUUCAGUGGAGAUCCCGGAUGCUGAGUCCCUCCUCCAUGCUGACUGUAAUGAACAGGAAGUGAACUGUGAGAUCAGUCGCUACGUCACCCGUGGCUCUGACCCCGGCGCUCGACCCACUCACUUCAUUGCCUCUCUGCAAGUGGGGGGGGAGGGGAUCAGCCUCACCAUGGUCUUGCAGGUUUUAACCAAUGAGGAGGCAGCAUCUGAAACUCCACCUCUGAUGCAGAGCAAGCUGGAACUCCCUCUUAGCCAAUCAGGGACCCUGCUCACAGAGGUUGUGUUUGUGGUGUUCUCUCGCUCACAGUCCCUUACUGCUCCACUGGGGGGCGACACACAGCUGGACUGCGGCUUCAGGCAGCAGGACACGCCCCCUGUAGGAGGGCUCGGGCUUGAGUGGCGGCUGCAGUACAAAGGAAGUGGUCAUAAAGUCCUGGAGAUGAGCACAGUUGAGGAGGAGGCAGGGGCGGGGCCUCAUGUGUCUGCAGGGCGGGAGGGGGCUAGUGUGGACCCCGCCCUGGCGGUGGAGGAGGGUAAUGUGUCUCUGACCCUCACAAAUCUCAGAGUGGCUGACGAAGGAACAUACAUCUGCACCGUCACAUCUGGAAUGUUCCAGACACAACAGAUUGUCAAGCUACACAUCACACAACCUCCAAAAGUGUCUCUCUCUGAGGAGAAAGUGAUAUAUCAAGAGGAGCCAGCCCAGAAACUUAGCUGUCACUGCAACAGCUACUAUCCUCUUGAUGUGGAGGUUGAGUGGCUGUCAAUCAGCUCAUCGGAGGCAGAGCCCACCUCAAUCACUGAGGAGACAUCCCUGUCCAGUCACAGGCAGCAUGCUGAUGGAACUUUCUCCGUCACCGCCUACCUGCUGCUUCUCCUCUCGACACACCCUCCCGGGACCAACAUCACCUGUAGGGUUACCCAUCAGGCCCUGGGCUCAGCAGUCGACGUCAGCACCAGGGUCCUCGCCCCCGAGACAGGCGACAACUUCUAUGGCAUCAUGAUAUCAAUACUGGUCGUGACAGUUGGAACAGCGGUAUUUUAUCAAGUUAUGGGUAGUACAGUUUGAGUUAUGACUGAAUAUUUUGAAGAUAAAACCCUUAAACUACAACAAUGCUCUGAAAACUAUUUGUAUGCUAUUUUUUGUGCUUCAUGCUUCUUGUCAAUGCUUAGAAACAAUUUUGUGCAUGUAGAACAUUUUGAGGGAAUCUUAAAAUUAAGAUUCAAUUUGGUACAUGUAGGAAAUUAUGAGUGAAUCUUUAAAUUAAGAUUCAAUUUGGUACAUGUAUAAAAUUUUGAGUGAAUCUUAAAAUUAAGAUUCAAUUUGGUACAUGUAGGAAAUGUAGAGGGAAUCUUAAUUAAAUUCAAAUUUGAACUGACAGUAGCAGUUUGGCCUUUUGUCAUGUUCUUGUUAUCUUUAGAGGAAUUACUGUGACUGUCAGUUUUGUGAGUAACGUGUAAAUGAAGAUAAAUGAUCAGGCAUUUGGUCUUUUAUCGCCCCGUUGUGGACUCUCUGUCCCAGAAUGCACCUCAGUCUGUGGUGGAUCUGGACCAGAUGUGUUGUAGAUGAGUCCAUGAUUGUGUUUUUAUACUUGUGACUUUUUGGUAUGUUUGUGUAUAUUUGGGGUUAUUCAAGUGUGUGUCUACCCUUGUGUACCAACACAUGCUGUGUCAUGUCUUUAAUGUCUGCAUUGCUGUUACUGUGGUUUGUUGAAAUGCAAAUGUAUUUGGUCAAAUUUGAUUUUGUUUUUGUGUUUAUUUAAGACCUAAAAUGAUCAUGAACUGGAUAUUUGAACUGUAGACCACUGGGAAUGUCUUCUUUAAUUGUUUUCUUUUUCAUCUUUUUUACUUGAAAAUGUGUGUAAUAUAUUUGAAUAAAAGCACAUAUCUGGCCUUUAGGAGAGGCACUGUGCUUUUUGUUUAGAUGACAAUCUGCCAUUUUUCUGCUAAAAUGGCAGGCUUGGCAUCAGCAAUACAUGCAUUGGCACUUUCCCUGGUUAAGGAAGACCGUUAUCUAAUGUGUUUAUAAGUUCACUGUUUUAAUCCUGGAGUCUCAGCUGAGUCAUUCACGUACGAAAUUCAAACCCAAACUUCUGUUCAUGUUUACAAAGGAACCAUUUCACCAGAACCAAACACCAAACAAAAUACAAAAAUAAAUAAAAGUCAAAAUCA